AUGGCUAUGCUUCAAGCCGUCACAACACUGUCACCCGAAGCAGGCGCAAUCCUCCUCAGCACCCUCGUGGCUGGAUGCCUUGCUUGCGGGUUGGUCACGGUAGUGAUCUAUCGACUGUUUCUUCAUCCUCUGGCCAAGUAUCCGGGGCCGUUCUUCGCCAAACUCACGAACUUUUACGACUUCGUCGUUGGCUAUCAAGAACACCGAGCUCAGCAUUUCAGCUAUCUGCAUAAGAAAUAUGGCCCCGUCGUCCGAUUUGGCCCGAAUGACCUCAGUUUUUGUACGCCUCAGGCCUUUGUGGACAUCUAUGGCUGGAAAGCCAAUGUGCGCAAGCACGACGGAAUGGCCGCUACACAGUCAGACCCCGAGACCACCAGCACCUUCAGCGAGCUUCACCGCGUGCCCGCUCUCAAGAAGCGCAAGAUUUUGGCCCAAGGCUUCUCUGAAUCCGCACUGGGACAUGCUGAAGGCAAGGACGGCCCCGCCGCGUUCUUCCGAGGCCGACCUGAUUCGCUGACUGGGGCAUCAGAAUUCAUUGUUGAUCAAAUUCGCAUCUUUUGCAGAUGUCUGGUCGACCCCAGCACGGAACCAGUCAAGGAUAUGUCUUUGUGGUUGAAUUACCUUGCGUACGACGUCAUGGGGGAGGUGGUGUUCGGGAAUGGCUUCAACAUGAUGACCGACGACAAGGAAAGGUACAUCCUUCCUCUAAUUGACAAUAUGGUGUUUAGCAUGCUCCUGGGAGGGAUUAUUCCGUGGCUCUUCAAAUGGGGAGUUAUCGAUUUCAUGUUUCCUUCCAUUUACUCCGGUCGUGUACGGUUUAUUUCCGAGGCUGAAAAGAAAAUAACGCAUCGGCUGUCCCGGGGCCACGAGAGCAAAGGUGAUAGGAAGGAUUUCUUUCACUUUUUGCUGAGCCAUCGGGAUCCAGAGACCGGCGCACCUUUGUCGAGGAAGACACUGCUCACAGAGGGUGUGCUCUUGGUGACGGCGGGGAGUCUCGCCGGUACUUUGUUUUACUUGCUCAAGUAUCCUCACUGCAUGAAACGACUGAGACAAGAACUGGACUCGGUUUUCUCCGACGUCGAUGAGAUCAGCACCGGUCCAAAGCUUUCCACUUGUGUGUACUUGAGGGCGUGCGUCGAGGAAGGCUUGCGAAUGGCGCCUCCAGGGCCGGGAAUGGCAACGCGCACAAUUAUGGAGGGCGGAACCGAGAUCGAUGGGGAGUACUUUGAUGAGGGAAUCAACGUUGGGUGUUCGAAUUGGACUUACGCGUAUAACCCUAUCUACUUUCCCGACCCGGAGAUCUUCCGUCCAGAGCGCUAUGUUGUGGAGGGCAGCACUACCGAAGACGACGUGAUGCGAGCAAAGAACAGUUAUUGGCCCUUCCAGACAGGGGUUCGAAAAUGUCCCGGCAUGAAACUGGCGUACCAGGAACUAUAUCUCACGAUCGGGAGGUUGGUUUACCUCUUUGACAUCACUCCGGAGAAGCCAGAAGAGCUGGAGGGAAACUUUGAAGUCUUGGACCACUUCAAUGUGAAAAAGAAAGGACCUUUUGCCUCUUUUAAGCUUCGGGAGGGAAGAUCUGUGGCUUAG